AUGAAGGAGCUCGACCGAAGUGGAGAGCUCCUUGCGUUGUGCUACCGCGAGCAAUGGGCGAAAGCCUCCAAGCUGCUAAGCGAUGAGGACUUGACGGAGGUUUUGAUGUUCCUGCUAAACACUGCGCGCCGCGACUUCCUGAAAAUCAACACAUCGGUGCAAAAGGAUGGAAAGACGUUGCUGCAUCUUGCCCUCGAGAGCCACAACCUUCGCUUUGUCCACGCGCUACUGAAUGCCGGUGCAGAUGUGUCCGUGGCGGACAAGAAGGGCGUGAGACCCAUGGACCUCAUGACUUGGACGGCGAUCGUGCACCCCACUAUUAUGCGUACUAGCGCGCUCAACGAGACCACCGCCUCGAUGGAGCGUGACGAGCAAAACCUCAUCGCACGCGCUCAAGAAAUCCAAGAGGACGUGGCUGCAGCACGCGCUUUCCGAGCAGAGGUGGAGGAGCAAAUUCGACGCGCCCAAGAUACGGACAGGGAGUUGGCGACGCAAAUUGAAGCGGAGGACGUCAAGCUCCAGUGGAUCCGCGGGGAAGUUGCGCGGUUGCACACUCAAAACGGGUCUGCAGACAUGGAAGUAGCUCGGAUCAACGAUGAGACCCAGCGACUGACUGCUGCCAGUGCAGCGCUGCGCGUGAAGCACCAGCGCCAGGAGCAGGGCAGGAGCAACGUGGCAGCACAACGCGCCAUCAAGUGCGAGGCGAUUGGUUUGCUUCGACAAUUCCCAGGCAACGAGGCGUUACAGACUCGAGCCUUGCGGGCUUUGCUGGUGAUUCCAAACGGCUCAGAGUUUGUGAGAACAUGGCGAACAAAGGAGUUGGUGGAGGCUUUGCUGUCUGCUUGCACGUCGGUCGAAGCGGAGUCACCCACAAUCUUGUCACAGGCUCACCGCUGUACUGCAGACGUCUUAACGCGGCUGAAGGCGACCCCACACGCUCAUGAUUGUGGUGGGAAGGGUAAGUGUAGUUUGCAGUUUGGUACCAUGUUGCUAAAUCUCGGUAACGUUUCCGCUCUUCGCUGUGAUGUAGAACUUCACGAGAUUCUGAACGAUGCAACCCAAAAGGUUGCUAAAAACCAAAUAACCUGUGAGGGCGUUGUGAAGAAAACGUAA